AAUGAAAAAUUUGAUAUCGCCACAUAACAGCUAAAUCCCUUUGUUAAGAUAACCAUAGUCUUCCGUUCAUAAUCGACGUUUUGAUAAUAACCAGAUUAGAAAUAAAGUCCCUUUUAGUUUGUACAUUGUGUAUCACACUCUUAUACAUAAUAGUGUGAUGGCACAAAAGGUUUGUAGCAAAGAUGGCUUGUAUGUGACACAAUAUGUAUCUAGUAGUACGGCUCAAAAUGUUUGUUUCAUUUGUGGUAAUUCAGGUCAUCCUGAUCAACAUUGGUUACGGAUAAAACCUUCUUCAACGGGAUCAUUAGAUACUACACCAUAUUUUCCAUUUUUGGAAAUGCACGAACCACCUCAAAAUUAUAAAAUUUUAAUACAUUCUAGAGAAAAUAAUAUGGUGGCAAGUUGUUAUUUGUGUUAUUCAUUACUAAUUAGUCAAUGGGAUAGAUAUGAACGAGAUAAUAUACCUACAAAACAACGUGUUUACUGGUUAAAGCGCUGUGAUAAUGCUCCAUUCACAGGAGCUGAUCUUUCUACUCAAGGAGAAUAUGCUUGUCAAUUAUUUGGUUUAAGUGUAGAUUUCACAAACAGUCAUAAAGAUACUGUGAUGUCUUCUGCAAUGUCACAAAUUACUGGUGAAGAUAGCAGAAGUACCAAAAUACAACCAACGUCGAUAUCUAAUUUAUCUGAUCAAAUAACUCAGCUUAAUGGUUCAAAUAUAAUAAAUUCAAGUACUCCUCAUUCAAAUCCAGGUAGUUAUACUAGUAGCAGUGGUACAGAUAUUUUAGAUCUUUCAAUGCCAGACAAAAAUUCUUCAACUGAAGUUUGUUAUGUAUGUGGAGAUGAGUUUCGAAGAGGUUCUUUAACACAUGUUUCAGCUAAACCUUUAGUACUUGUUAACCAAUCCAAUCAACCUUUCUUCCCCAGUCUUAUGUUACAUUCUAGACCUCCUCGAUCUAGACCAAUGGAUAGCACUGGACGUGUGCAAACAUGUUCUGUUUGUCACACUCAUCUAUUAAACCAAUGGCAGGUUUACACAUCAAAAGGCAUUCCUCAUGGAGAAAGAAAUUAUAUUCUCCGUAAAAGAUUGAUUCCUUUUAUAGAUACAUCUACUUUUAUUUGCUUUACUUGUUCACUUGAGUAUCCUUUACUAUCAAUGAGAACUCUAUACUGUUAUCCAAAUAAUAAUCAUAAACCUUACUAUCCAUCAUUAACAAAAAUAAAAACUCCACCUGGUGCCCUUCCAAUAUCAUCACAGGGCACAGUUCAGGUAUGUGCUGUUUGUUUUAAAUCUGUUCCUCAAAAACAUCAAGUUACUAUGUUGAUGGAUUUACCAGUUGGUUCAUCUACAUCUCCAUCUCUUUUAUCAGCUAAGUCACCUGAUAUUCGUUUUCGACCUUAUGAUAUAACCAAAUCAAAUAAAUUUCAUUCACUUACUAAAUCAGUAUCACAUCAAAGUACUUCAAAUGUUACUAUCGAUUUAACUGAUAAUGAAGGAACUGAUUUUAUUUUAAAUAGAAAUAGCUUUAGAUGCUAUGUUUGUUAUGAAAUGCAACCUCAUUCAAAAUUAAAAUGGCUGUCUACUACUACUGAAGGGAUGAAUUCUCAUGCUAUGCAUUUUCCUUGUCUCAAAGAACUAUCGAGAGCUUCUGAGAGUACUUGCAUUGAAUCUCAAGGAAGAGUUUUAUCUUGUACAAAUUGUACUCAGCAAUUAGCUGCCCAAUGGAAUUCUAUGGAAAGUAAUAGGAUUCCUUUAGAACAUAGAAGGUAUAAUGUUCCUAGUUUGGGUGAUAAUAAUUAUAACUCUCAACAAAUUUCCAAUCGAAAUGAAAUUUCAUCUAUAUAUUGUUUCUUAUGCAGCUACCAUUCAGAUUUAACUUAUGCCAGAGUUCUAUACAGUCAUCCACAAGGUAGAAAUGCUCCAUAUUUUCCUUACCUUUUAAAACAUGAACCAAUAGAAGGAUCAGAACAAUUACGUGAAGAUGGUUCUGCUUUAGUAUGUACUUUUUGUUAUCAUGGUUUUGUUGCUCAAUGGCGCGAAUUUGAAUCGGCUACAAUUCCAAUUCCUCAACAUCAACGUACCUACAACCAUAAAGAGUAUUCUUGCUAUGUUUGCACACAAAUAAGUGUACGUCACAAUGUCCGAUCCUUAGCAAUUAAUAAUUAUCCAUCUUUGCGGUUCCAUCUUCAAAUUAAAAGCCAAGCGUUAUUACUUGAAAAUGGUGAAUAUGCUGUGGUUUGUUUUGAAUGUUAUGAAACCAUUUAUGUACAGGCAAUUGAAUAUGAAUGUUUUGGAGUAACAUUAGAUAAGAAAAGUUAUCAAAAUUUUAACUUUACUAAGAUAAUAAACCAUCAAGAUAAUAAUGAUUACCAAUCAAUUAAAAAAAAUACCUUAGUUGAUAAAACACAGGGUAACCUAACAAAUAAAGCUGUGCGGAAAAUUAAGCAACACCAAACUUUAGAUAAUUCAAAACUAUUGGUUCAAAAUUUUAAUCUAUAUAAUUCAAAAUUUGAUACAGGCCAAACUUUUCCUCCAACACCCAAUGGUCGUUCAUUUGCUGCUGCAUUAAGAAAUCUUGCAAAACAAGCUAUACCACCUCUAACAAAUUCUAAUGACAAAGAUGAAACUAGAGAUUCUUUAGAAACACACAAACAAGGAACUUUGAUAAGUAGACUCGUAACACCACCUAUAAACAAGUCAUCACUCCAUAACGAAUCAAAACUGAGUGGCUUUCAACCUUACAAAUCAAAUGAUUCAAGAUCAUUGAUGCCUACAUCAGUGUCUACACAAUCUCAUUUAAUAGUUAAUCCUAAUUCAUAUUCACCUUAUCAUGCAGCUAACUUGUAUUCUCCCCAUCUUCAACAUGCUUUCAGAAUUGAAGAACAAAUAUACCUUGAAAGAUGUGGAAUGUCUUUAUUUUCACCUUCUCCAUAUCACCAUAAUAACAUUUCACAUUCAUCACAACUUUAUCAUUUACAAUCACCAUUAGUUAUGUCUGCUAAUGUAAUAGAAAAAAUGAAAAUAGAUGAAGAUAGACAUCAAAGAGAAAAAAAUAUACAAGAAAGAGACAAAAAUAGACAUACUCUAUUAAAAAUUUACAGCCAACCCCCACAAUAAACAUUUUAAAUAGAAAUAUUUUCAAAUUUACAUACUCGCAAUAACUAUUGAUGUGAUCAAUAAGGCCACUCUUAACUUUUUGGUUACCAAUAUUUAUAAUUCAAAUUACUAAUACAUAUUAAACAUUUAAUCUAAUUCAAGAAAUGUUUAAUAUUUAAACAAUUUAACACUUUAAAAGUUCAAUUACUGCCACAUAUUGAUUCAUAUAAAACUAAUUAUUUUGAAAUUUUAUAUAAUAGCCUAAUAAAUUUAAGUUUUAGAGUAAAUCAAAUAAUGUAAAAGAUUCAUCAAAAAAUUUCAUUAAUUAAAAUUAAAAAAAAGUUUCUUUGAACCAUAUGAUUAAAACAGAAUUUUUCAUUUGAAAAAUUUGUUUAAAUAUUUAUUAAUAUACAUUCAAUAUAACUUAUUAAUUUUUAUUAAAUAAUCAAUAGUUUAGUUGAAAUUGAACAUUUAAUGAUAUAGGUAAACACUUCUUUCUAAACUUAUUAUUUUGUAUUAAUUAAAAACUAAUAAUAAAUAUUAAUCUGUGGCUCUUUUUGAUUGUAUAAUUUUUUAUAACAAGCAUCAAACUACUUAAUUUUUAAACAAAACAAUAUUAAUAUUUUUGUACUUAAGAAAAGUAAAAUUAGUUCAAAUUAAAUCACCAGUAUUAUUUACAUUUUAUUUGAUAGCAUUAUGCAAAAUGUAUUUAACUAUUAUGUGAUAUUGUUAUUAAUAAGCAGGCUUCAGCAAGUUUAUCUACUUACAGUACAAUUUUUUGCAGUUGGUUAUUGAGCAAUGUUAAUCUUAUUUUAAUGAAUUAUAAUUUUAUUAAAGUAAUUUUCUCAAUUAUGUUUUCUUUAUGAAACAUUUUCCAAAUAUUUUUGUUAUGGUUAUUAAAAAUAACUUUUUGUUGUACCUGUGAUAAAUGGCAUACAAUAUUAGGUACUUUAAUUUUCCAAAAUACUCUUCUGUAUUUUCUAUAAUUAUUUUUAUUUUAAUUAUGAUUUUUUUUUAUAUAGUUCCUACCUCUCGUUUUAGGUUGAAAAAUACUUUAUUCAAAUAAAAUAAUUUUUCAUCAGUAUUAUACAUAUGCAUACUUUAUUUUUGUGUACUAUUAAAUUAAUUAAUAAAUUUUUCGUUUCCUUUUAAAAUCUAAUUUGAUUUUCAUUUAAUGACUGAUUGAAGACACAUAAGAAAUAAUUAAAUAUUUAUAUUUUAUAGUUUAAGUAAAACGUGCAUUCACUCAUAAUAAAGUAAAUAUGUAAACAAUUUAAUGAUAAAUGUAUCAUAUUUUUUAUUUCUUUUAAAUGUGAUUGUAAAUAAAUUAUUGAAUAAAUAAAAAAUUAAAAAGUAAAAUUAUCUUCUCUAUUCUUUUUUUAAUUUGUCAUCUUUCCAAUUAGCUGGAAGAAAUAAGAGACACCAAAAUGACAACCAAACCGGUAGUAAUAAUAAAACAGCAACUGAAAAAACCCAAUUUCCAUAUACCAUAUUGUCUAUAGCUGAAAGUGUAAUCCAUUGUCCUGAAGCAUCAAUAGUUUUAGAAAGAUACUCUAUUAAAUUGAAUUCUGGAUAGUUUAUGAUAGUGAAGUAUAAAGUUAUCCAAAAUAGCAAAAAUAUAGGAUGAACAAGAAGCCAAAAUAUUUUUACCAAAAUCCUGAAAAAUUAUAAUUAUUACUAAAAUUCAACAUACAAUAAAAAAUGUUAUGAUUUAUAUUAACUUAUUGUUAUUUGGUUUUGUGCUAACAGCUGGAAUAACAUAAAUAAGAGCCAUUGAAAAUCCAAACGAGAAAUUAUGCAUAGAUACGCACAAGAGCCCUAUACCUAGUUCUAGAAGACAAAUUACAUGUAAUAGAACCCAG